AUGUGCCGGAUCCGUUCUGGAUUUUGUUGGGGUGGUGAUGGACUUGGAUCUGGUAGAGAUCCGGCUGGUGGGUUUGUUUUCUCCGGUGCUGGUCUUUGUUGGGAGGGGUUUGGUUGGUCCGGUUUAGUCGGGCUCGCGACUCCUCUCGCUUGGCUUCCGCUUGGAGUUUAUGCCACUGGUGCCGAUUGCUUCUCUUCGUGGUUUAGGUGGCGGCAAGGGGCUUGUGGCUGGAUUGAGAUCUGA